AUGUUCCUCAAUUACUGGCCAUAUGGGAUUGCUCUUGCAGCAUACCUCCUCACAGUCCGAUUCUUUCGAUAUCGACGCAGAAAUGAAAUCACUGCCAAAUUCAGUGGGAUCGGUAGACCAUUAUCUGAAAUGACAGGCAGUGAGGCACAUGAGAUCAUGGCUAUAUUGCAGGAAUUCGAGUUUCCUUAUGCUUUUCAGAAAGCACGGACGAUAUCUCUAUUAAAGGCCGGUGGAAUCCCCACGAUGUCAAAAUUAUUCGCCGUCACAGGCCAGAACACUCGACGAAACGCAGGAAAGAGAGCCGUCGAUACUGAAAUCUUGCUACGAGAAGUACACCACAACGGCCGAGACACAAAUCGAUACAUGAAAGCAGUAUCUCGCAUGAACUACCUUCACGCUCGAUACCGUAAAGCCGGAAAAAUCCUUGACGGCGAUAUGUUACACACCCUCGGCUCGGGCAUCGUAGAAUCCUUCCGCAUAGUUGACGCGGAAGAAUGGCGUCAACUAACCAAAGAAGAAAAAUGCGCAAUUGGGAUAUUUCAUAAAGCUCUCGGUGAGGAUUUGGGGAUUCCUUGGACUUCUUUACCAUCACAUCGGGAAGGAUGGGAGGAUGGAGCUCAUUUUGCGACAGAGUUGAGGGAUUGGACUGUGGGGUAUGAAUCGAGGGUUGCGAGGUUUACGGGGACGAAUGAUCAGUAUGUUAGGGUUUAUGUGGAUUCUGCUACUUUGGCUAUGCCACGGUUUUUUACGACCUUGUUGAGGAAGGUUAUUGGGUAUGAAUUGGAUGAGGUUAUGAGGUCGACUUUGGGUCUUGAAAAAGCAGGAAUAUUACUCCGGACCAUAAUAACAUCCACCAAAUCCAUACGCAAGAUACUACUCCGCCACUUCACCUUCCCAAGACGUUCCCCGGUCAAAGCACUGCACGAAAACCCAAACCCCAAAACCGGUCUUUUCAACUUCUUCCCCACCGGUCUACAACCUUGGUAUGUUAAAAAAGAUAUCUGGUCGAUCUGGGGGCCAUCUGCUCUUUUUAUUAGAGCCCUCGGUGGAAGACUUCCUGGAUCACAUGGUGAUAGGUUUCAUCCACAAGGCUAUGAUUUGACGACUAUUGGCCCUAAACCGCAGGAAGGUAAAGGGCUGGAGAAUAUGGCGGCGACUAUGGAGUUUUUGAGGGCGAGGAAUAUAAGUGGAUGUCCGUUUCAGAAGGGGUAUGGAGAGAAAGGGGAGAUGCAGGCGACGCCAAUCUUCUGA